AUGCCGCAGAGAAAAUCCUCGGAUGUUGCAUCUUCUGCUGGAAGCACCCCAGCUCCCAAACGCCGUCGAAGGCGGCCCGCUCGGUCUUGUGAGCAAUGUCGGCGCCGCAAGAUUCGAUGCAAUCUGGGCCAACCCUGUAACGGCUGUGUUCGGGCUCGGGCACCAAUGCAAUGUUCUUACCGUGACAGGAGCCCUGUUGCAGUGAUUCGGACUUCUGAAGUCUGCACCUCGUUUCCUGUUUCGGGUAAUUUUCACCCCGUCGAGAUUGAACCAUCAUGGGAGGAUGCCAAAUCCGACUUCUACGACGCCUUGAAAGAAGCUCGCAUCCUACGUUUUGGUCUCAAGAAACAGAACUUUCCAACACUAGAUCAGCCCAUCCAGGACCUCCGUGAGACCUUACCCUCCAAGGUGGUUUGCAAUGAACUCAUUGCUUGUUAUCUCCGCACAUUCGAACCCCUGUAUCGCAUCGUCCAUAUCCCCUCCUUCCAGAGAGAGUACGACCGGUUAUGGGCAGGCGAGGAAACACAACCUGUUCCAGCUAUAUCUCUCGUCAGACUGACCUUGAUUCUUGCCAUUGGGACUACCUUUGCCAAGUUUGACGCGGAGGAAGAGAUGAACCAGUUGUGGCGACUUGCGCAGACAUGGGUUCAGAAUGCCCAGUGGUGGCUCACAGGUCCAAAUGAAAAAACCACUUACAAUCUUGAUGGUCUGCAGAUAUUCUGUCUGCUAAUCAUCGCCCGCCAAUCGACCUUUAAUUGCCGCGGAGCAACGUCAUGGCUGUCCUCAGGCUCUCUACUACGCGCCGCCAUCACUAUGGGCCUUCACCGUGAUCCAAAGCUAUUUGCUGGGUUGACGCUCUUCCAAAGGGAGUUUCGAGCUCGACUAUGGGUCACUGUGCUGGAGUUGGCUGUCCAGUCAUGUCUAGAUCUCGGUUUGCCACUGCAGCUUUCAGAACAAGACUUUGAUGCUUCCAUCCCAUCCAACUACGAUGACUCGGAUUUAGAGUUAGCUUCUCCAGGGGCAUCAAAACCGAUGGACAAAUUUACAGACUCGUACCUGCAAAUAAUGCUGGCAAAAUCUCUGCCUUUGAGAGUUGAAGUCAUAGGCCUACUGAACGACUUUCGACAAGAGAAAACAUAUGAAAAAGCACUAGCUUUGGGAUCACAGCUGCGCACCGCGUGCCGAGAUGUCGCUGCCUUCUUCCAUUCAACGCAACAUAAUCCGGUGAGCAUGCGAAAGGGAUCAAGCAUCGAGGCGAAUGAGUUCCAUCGCAAGCUUCUCGACAUACAUCUUCGCCGGUUCGUUAUGUUUCUUCACCGCGACUUCAUGCUCCAAGCAAGGACCGAUCCACGGUUUUACCUUUCUCGUAAGGUAUGUGUUGAGUCUGCCCUGGUCAUCGCUUCUGAGAGUAAAGGCGCCGAUUUUAGCUUGCCGAUGCAGGUAUGGGAUGACUUCUCUCGCUUGUCUUUCGUUGGACGUGGUCUUUUCAAGUGUGCAUUGAGUUUUGAUGCCAUGCUCAUCUUGGCCCUCGAGAUCAUCACUGAACUUCAAGAUGAGUCGGCACCAACACACGAACCUGAUAUUCUCGGAGAGAUGGCAAAAGCUACCCGUGCUCCCAUGAUCAACACCCUCGAAGAGAUAUAUGUGCAACUUCGCUGCAUGAUCGUACGGGGCAACCUCAGCCUCAAGAGACUCCUUUUCUCAAAUGCUCACUUGGCACAUAUUCGAGCAUUGGAAGCCGGCCGGCCUGUUAAGCCGGCGGUACAUGAGACUGUGACAUCGACACUCCGCGAUUGUGUGGCAAUGCUCAAAGACAUUCAAGCAGUUACAACACCCCAUGAAUCAGUGAUAACUUCGGAUAGCCUGAGUAGCGACUUUCUUGGUACGGAUAUUUUCUCAAAUGUGAGUGAUGCUUCGUAUAGGGAGUAA